AUGCGCCAGCGUGUCGACACCGUGCUUUCGCUCCUCCCUUUGAAUCUUCUCCACGUAAGCGAGCAUCCCGCGCUCGGCAAAGUCCUUGGCGAAAGUGUCGACUAUGAGGGCGUCCGCGUGGAAACCCGCGAGCGUGAUGAACUGCCAGCAAUAACCGAGCUUGGCGAUUUUCGGAAUGAAGUCCAUCAUUUGCUGAUCUGUCAUUCCGGAAGCAUCCCAGUUGAAGGAAGGGGAGAGAUUGUAGGCGAGCAUUAUGUCCGGGUAGGCCGAUUUCACGCCGCGCGCGAACUCGGUGCACUCGGCGAGGUCCGGGCUCGAAGUCUCCAUCCAGAUGAGGUCCGCGGGAAUUUCGUACCUGUAGAAACCUUCUCUGGUCCUGGGCAAGUCCCAAUCCCAGAACAAAUCCCGCACUCCGAGCCUCUCCGCAAUCUCCCGAGCCUUCUCGUUCGGGACACACUUAUCCCAGCUCGUCUCCCUCGCCCACUCCUCCUCUCUCCUCCGCCUCUCCUCCGCCCCAACCCCACCCAUCCCUCUUAUCUUCUCCACCACGCACUCCGAAAAAGUCUUCAGCCCCGCCGCCGCCAUCCACCUGUCCUCCACCGCCUGCAGCUCCGCCCCGCCUUUCCCCGCCGCCACCGCCUCCUCCAUCACCGCCGCCAGCGGCCGGCACCGGUUCGUAGCCCCCAAUAUAAACUGGUGGUCCCGUCCGUCGAUGUUAGUCUGGAUGAGAUUGGCCGCCACCGCGUCCGUCCUUGCCACGAGCACCGUCUCGACCCCCAUCACAUCGAACUGCAGCCGGGCGGCCACGAGGCGGUUCGCGUGCUCUCCGGCGGAGACGAGCACUUUUCCGGCCAUGUGGCCGCACUUCUUGGCGGCGGAGGACUGGUCCUCGAUGUGGACGCCGGCGGCGCCGCGCUCAACGAAGAGCUUGCAGAGCUUGACGGUGGCGGUGGCGCCGCCGAAGCCGGUGUCUCCGUCGGCGAUGAUGGGGCGGAGGUAGUCGGUGGGUGGGCCGGCGCGGGAGCGGUCGGGGCGGGGGAGGGACAUUCGGGCCUCGCGCUGCUUGCGGUCGUGGUAGAGCUGGGCGAAGAAGAGGUGCUCGACUUUGUUGGGAACGGUGUCGUAUGGGUAAUCGGCGAGAUCUGGGCCGGGCUCGUUGGUGGAGGUGUGGGUGGAGGAGCACUGCCAGCCGGAGACGUAGAUUGUGUCCAGUCACCUGGACUGGAUCGAGUGAUCCGAACGUCCGGGAGGCGGUGCCCCGAGCCUGAUGGGUCUUUAGGCUCUGCCGGAGAGUUCCCCGGAGGGCCACCACAUCCCUGGCGGAGUAAGGGCGGCGGGUUAGCCGGAAUCGCUCGGAGUUCCACCACGCCUGCACCUCGGCCACCUCAGCUUCGAAUCGACUUUCUUCCUCCAUUAUCUGUAUGGACUGAGAAAGAUGAUGCAGGAGCCAUGGGGAGAGGUUGGGGAUAA